AUAUGCAGCUGCUGUCAAGAGGGCUGAGGGAGUGAAUGGUCCCGAAGGGCCCAUGGUGGUGGGUAGGCCUUCACUGCAGGCGGUAGGUGUUGCCUCUCAUCAGCAGGACCCAGAUAUUAUACAUGUUAAGAAGAUAGGCUUUGUAGUAUUAGUGGCUAUAGUGAUCAACGACACUACCAAAGUGGAGGAAAAGUCCAGAAAAACGGACAUCCUUGUGGAGCGGUUUCUGGGAUUGGAGGACCUCUACGAAGUUACAUGAAAGGCUGUCACGAGCCGUACUACCCUCUCAGGCCCCAGCGACUUUGUGUUGGACAGUGUGGUAACCAGGUGGGCUGCAGGUUUUGGGAUCUUGCUUUGCGGGAACAUUCCCAUGUCAAUAAAAAAGGAAUCUACGAUGAGGCGCUGAGCAGCUUCUUUCGGAAUGUUGACUCAAGGAGAAGCGUUGGGGGAUCUUGUGACAUCACCGGUGGGAGGAUCCAAUCCCUGAAGGCCAGGGCGGUGCUGGUGGACAUGGAGGAGGGUGUGGUGAAUGAGAUCCUACAAGGCCCGCUGAGAGAAUUGUUUGACAGCACUCAGCUCAUCACUGAUGUAUCCGGCUCAGGCAACAACUGGGCAGUGGGCCACUGGAUGUAUGGCUCAGCCUACAGGGAACAGAUCGUGGACCAGCUGAGGAGGGCAGCAGAGCAUUGUGACUGCCUGCAGUGCUUCUUCCUCAUUCACUCCAUGGGUGGAGGGACUGGAUCAGGCCUGGGCACCUGUGUGUUGAAACUUCUGGAGGAGGAGUUCCCCGAGGUAUGUCGUAUCGUCACCUCAGUCUACCCCUCAGCCGAGGACGAUGUCAUCACUUCCCCCUACAACAGUGUCCUGGCCAUGCGAGAGCUCACCGAGCACGCCGACUGUGUCCUCCCUGUGGAGAAUCAGGUGUGUGUGCGUGCGUGCAAGUCAUUGGUAGACAUAAUGAACAAGAUCAAGCACAUGUCCCACAGUGGGAAGCCAGGUUCUGUGAUCAAGAAGGACAGUGCCAUCAUCUCAGGCCAGGGAGGGGUCAGUGGAGCCGAGAAGCCUUUUGAUGCCAUGAACAACAUCGUAGCCAACCUGCUGCUCAAUAUCACCAGUUCAGCUCGUUUUGAGGGAUCACUCAACAUGGACCUGAAUGAGAUAGCCAUGAACCUAGUGCCCUUCCCUCGACUGCACUACUUGGUGCCCAGCCUCACCCCUCUCUACACCCUGGCUGAUGUCAACAUCCCCACCAGAAGGCUUGAUCAGAUGUUCACUGAUGCCUUCAGUAAAGACCACCAGCUGAUCCGGGCUGACCCCAAACACAGCCUGUACCUGGCCUGUGCCCUCAUGGUCCGCGGCAACGUUCAGGUGUCUGACCUCCGCAGGAACAUAGAGAGACUGAAGCCCACGCUGCCGUUUGUGUCAUGGAACCAGGAGGGAUGGAAGACAGGCCUGUGUUCUGUGCCCCCUGUUGGUCACUCCCACUCACUACUGGCCCUGGCCAACAACACCUGUGUCAAACCCACCUUCAUGGAGCUCCGAGACCGCUUCGCCAAGCUUUACAGGAAGAAGGCUCACAUGCAUCACUACCUGCAUGUGGAUGGGAUGGAGCAGGGCUGCUUCACGGAGGCUAUCUCCUCCCUCUCCUCUCUGAUAGAAGAGUACAGUCUGCUGGAUGCCACCAAGGACAGACUGAUGCCUGAUGCAGCCAGACUCAACAUCGCCACAUGAAGGUCCUCUGUCUGUGUGUUAGCACUAGCAGACUUUACACAUAAUUGUGUGUGUGUGUGUGUGUUUCUAUUAGCAGAAAAUAGUACUGUAAUUUGAUUAAUAGCUGGUUUAUUUUUUUUAUUUUUUUUAUAAGUUACAAAGGAUUUCUUACACCUUUGUAUCUAAAUGAUAUUCCUCAUCCAUUAAAAUAAAUUACAA